AUGCGGUCGCGGGCCAGCGCGAUGGUGGGAAGCCGGAUCUCGCAGCUGGACGACGCGAUCCGAGUCCGAGCGCUCCUGUCCAUCCUCCAGUCCUCUUCUGUGAUGACAACAACACCACCGGCGGCGGCGGCAAGGCCAGAAACGCCGCCAUCGGGGGCAGGCGCUUCUUCCGCGGCAAGUAUCGCCCAGGAAUCGUGUUCUGCAUCGGGAGGAGAGGAGGGUAGCGGGAGCAGACCCAAGGGGAAGAGGCACGUAAGGACCGACAGCGGGCCCCCUCCGGACCUACAGGACCUCGAAGUCUUCGCGAGGAUGGCGGUGGCGAAGAUCAAGGUGGUGCUGUUCCAGCUGGCCAGCCCAGUCGAGGUUAGGGAGAGGGAGCAGCAGGGUAAAGACGUGUUCGACGUGUACGAGGGGCUGCUGACGAGCGAGGCUCUGGCGAAGGCUGCCAAGGAGGGCUUCCCGACGCUGGACGUCGAGACGCUCAUGCUGCCCGCGCACUUCCGGUACCGCAGCCUCGUCGCCGCCCGUCAUCGUUAUCUGCUGCGGAAACUCGGGGUCCUGCUGGACAUGGAAGACGGCGUGGACUCGCUGCUCGAAAAGGCGGCCGACACCGAAAAAAUGGACCCAUCAAGCCUUGCCGACGUUGAUCUCUCCGCCGGGGAUGACGUGGACGACGAGGGAGCGGCGGACGCGCGAGCCUUGUCGCAGGAGGGCGCAAGCAGCCAUUCCGCGGCGUCGGCGCUGGUGCUACCGUCCAACGCCGCCCCCGCCGCCGCUGUCGGCGGUGGCACUCUGGAUACCGCGAAGAAGGCCGUGGCGAGGUUGAGGCGGAGCAUCAGCUGGGAUAAGGAUGAGGAAGGCGGCGAGGCUACCACGGAGAUAUCUUGGCAGUGUCGCCAUGUGUAGGCGGUGUCUUUGGAGGUCUGUCUUUACGCUCGUCCUCUCUGUCAAGCUGUGGUCCGCUUUUCUUGUUGUCUUGUAGUAAAUAGACAUCAGCCGCCGUGUGAUUGGAAACAAACCGGGUUCUCACGUAGUGCGUGACUUGUCUGUACCGUUAUUUAAGUUGACCGGCGUGCGGGAUCUUUCCAGCAAAGCCAAGCACUGUUGAAGAAGGAGGAACAUGUUUUGUUUGUGGAAGGGGUGUGAGCGGUCUCUGUCCGUCAAUAGAUAGAAAGGAUGCUUUCGCAAUAAACAAGGGGUCUGAACCCAGCCUGAGUUUGGAUUUCCUGGCUUUGAUGUGAAGAUUGUUUGUAUGCUUCUAACUUUUUUUUUUGUGUUUCUUCUAAAUAAACUGUUGUUUGCAUGAGUGUGUGUAGUCAUCGCGUAAUGGUCGCCCCGCCCAGUGGACAAGUUCGGUCUUGUUUUUUUUUUACGAGGUUGUCCGUUGGCUUGGUCGGGGAGAUGUUGGCUUGAAGAGGUGUAAGCCUAACGUCCACGGCACUCUGUAGUCGCUCCUAUAAUGAAGUAGAGCACAAGGUUUAGCGCUUGCUUUUUCCUGAGCAGACUUCAGAGUUUCUCCCAGGAAAAGGAUUGUUUGCUUUGGUUUGCUGAAAAAAUUCUUCUCGCCGAUGGUUGGGAGAGGGGAAGUAAAUCAAGACGUGCACCGCCGUGGAUCGGUAAAUG